GGCGCUCAUUGUUUCACCGACGAUGGAGCUUCUGCCGUCGACUCAUACUAACGCCACCACUAAUGAAGAAAUCCGACGGCCACCGCCUCGUCAGCCGAAGCGUUUCAUAAAGAAUCAAAUUCCAGAUUCCAUCACCAACGAUCCGGCUCUCAACGCCGUCAUCGCCGCCCUCCCAUCCAACUACAACUUCGAAAUCCAUAAAUCCGUCUGGCGUGUCCGCUCUACCGGUGCCAAGCGCGUUGCUCUUCAGUUCCCUGAAGGCCUCCUCAUGUACUCCCUAGUCAUCUCCGACAUCAUCACCACUUUCGCCGACGUCGACCGAUGCUUCGUCCUCGGUGACGUCACUUACGGCGCCUGCUGUGUCGACGACCUUUCCGCCGCGGCUCUCGACGCCGAUCUACUCAUCCAUUACGGUCACAGCUGCCUUGUUCCUGUAGAUAACACCGUCAUCCCCUGCCUCUACGUCUUCGUCGAUAUUAAAAUCGAUGUUGAACGGUUAAUUAAUACUGUGAAGUUGAAUUUUGAUACCUCAAUCACUACAAAGCAGCUCAUUCUCGCCGGUACGAUACAAUUUGCAACAGCGAUUCGAGCUUCCAAACCUGAAUUGGAAAGCGCAGGGUUUAAGGUUCUGAUUCCUCAAUCUAAGCCUUUGUCAGCAGGUGAGAUUCUUGGGUGUACUGCACCAACGAUUCCAAUGAGUCAAUUCAACAAGGAAAGUGAGGUAGUUUUAGUUUUUGUAGCAGAUGGUAGGUUUCAUUUAGAAGCAUUUAUGAUUGCUAACCCUAAUAUCAAGGCAUUUCGAUAUGAUCCUUACAUAGGGUCUUUGUUUUUAGAAGAAUAUGAUCAUAAGGGGAUGAAAGAGUGCAGAAAGAAUGCUAUAUUAAAAUCCCGAGAUGCCAAAAACUGGGGAAUCGUGUUGGGUACUUUAGGAAGACAGGGAAAUCCAAGAAUUCUUGAUAGGUUGGAGAAGAAAAUGGGAGAAAAGGGUUUAUCUUGGACGAUUGUAUUGAUGUCGGAGCUAUCUCCAGCAAGAAUUGCUUUAUUUGGUGAUUCAGUUGAUGCUUGGAUUCAGAUCGCAUGCCCUAGGUUGUCAAUUGAUUGGGGGGAUGCUUUUGUUAAGCCAUUAUUGACCCCAUUUGAGGCCGAGAUUGCUCUUGGGGAUCACCCUGGUUGGUGGGAGAGGAAAUGUGUGGUUUUAGAUAAUUCCAGCACCAAUUGCAAUGAUGGUGCAGAUUGCUGUGGAAAGAUUGAAACUUGUUGUGGCAACAACUAUGGCAGUGAUUUAAAGGGUGGAGAGAAUGUUGCUGAUUAUCCAAUGGAUUAUUAUGCUCAAGAUGGAGGCGAGUGGAACUCUUGUUACUCCAAGAAGCCAUCUCGUCCUUCACGUAGAAACAAUGUGUUGAAAUGAUGAGUUAUCGAAUGGUUUUUUCAAUUUGCAAGUGUGUUCUUGUAUCAAGAAAAUGAAUCUAUUCACACAAAGGAGUAGAAACAGCAGAGGAAGCCUGUUACACAGAAGGAAUGCAAUCUUUGAAGCAUAUUAUGGCUAACCACCUGCAAUCUGGGUUUUCAAUCAGUGCCUGAAGUGAGUUCUAACUUUCUGCAAAUAAUAUGCGGAUAGUUUCCUUUUUUAAGUUUAUACAUAUGUGAUUCAAUAUAGCCUUUUGAUUUUUGUUCCUCCUGGCAAUGUUUUUGUUUCUUAAUGUGGCUUUACUAUCAAUCUGUUGGAUGUUAAUUGGGGAAAUGAGAUGAGCUUUACUAACC